AUGAAUGAUGAGAACCUAAGCAACCUCAUACAGAAAAUAGGGCAUCAUAUAGGUGACAUUAGAGACAGAUCAGUAAUAAUGUUAAUGCAAAAAUACCAAAAAAAUUUAAUAGAUGAAACAGAUUUUAAAAAAAGAAAUUUUUUUUUUUAUAUAAUUCUUCACUAUAUUAACGAUAGAAAUUCGUUAAUUCCUCUCAAAAAUUUAAUAGACGUACUAUCAUUUGUUCUCAACAUUACAAAAAAAGACGACGAAAUAAAAGUAAAAUUUGAAGAGUUAGAUAUAUAUAAAUUCCUCAAAGAGUUUUUAGCUCAUUUCAAAAAUAAUGAAGAAAAAUACAAAUCCAGCAGCAGUUCAAAAACGUUAAACGUUAUAAAAGGUGAUGACUUAUGCCCCCAAAAUUAUGAAAAAUCUAUAGCAGAAAAUAACAUCAACGAAUUCAAUGAAGUUAUUAAAAUUCUUAACGAGUUAAUUCGUUUAUAUUCUUGUGACAAAAAUGAUGAUAUUUUAAAAUAUAAUAGUAAUGGACACAUAUCCAAAAUAAAUGUAGAAAAUAAUACACUUGCUUACGAAAAUGAUGCAGGUGCAAAUUAUAAAAAUUUAAGUAACAAAAAAAAAAACUUGUCAAAUGAAAAAGUUGUGCUUAGUAAAAUUAAUGAAAAGAACAACAACAAAUAUAAGAAAAAAACAAAUAAUUCAAAUAAAAACCUUAUUUGUGAAAACAAUUUGAAUAUAAAAGAUGAGGAAAAUAAAAAUGCUAGUUCAACAAAGGAGUCCAUGUUGGAGGAAGCACAAAAUUUUCAAUCCACAAACUAUUUAUUCCCUGAAAAAGAAAAAGAGAACCUAAGUAACAGUAGAACAACAUCAUCUUGUACUAGCACAUACAACAAAAUUUGUGAAAAAGAUCUGUUAAAUAUAAAUCAAAUAAUGAAAAAGAACAACUAUAUAAAUAUUUUUACGAAAAAUAAUUAUUUAAAAAGCGAUGAUUUUGCAUAUUAUAACUCCUUAUAUUUUGUUAAAAAUAAAGUAAAUGAAAAAUCCAUCUAUCUGUUAUUAAAUUAUAAAAGACAUAAAGCUAAUAAAAUAAAAGAAGAAUAUGACUGCCUUAACUAUAAACCAUCAUCUAUACCUUCUCUUCUUAUUGAUGAAGCUGAUAGUAGGGGAAGUAACUAUUUACAACUAUUAAAUAAUUACACAUUUUUUUAUUUAUAUAAUUUCUUCGACUGUUUUGAUGUGUUCAAAAAAAAUUUUAAUGAUAUAAAUGAUAUAAGAGGAACAGGAGAGUUAUGUGAAAAAUCGAAGCUCAAAGUUGGAGAGCAACAACCAAACAAAAGUGAGCACAAAUCCUCCAAAAAAUAUGAUGAAAAAAACGAAGAAAAAGCAAAUACGUUAGAUUGUUAUUCAGAGUAUCUAAAUAGAAAUUACAUAUAUAACAAAAACAUAUCGUACAAAAUCGCCAAUUAUAUUAACAAAACGAAACUACUACAUUUCUAUAUGCAGAUGAAGUUCAACUAUUUUGAAUUGCUAGGAAUAAACAUAAUAAAAAAAAAAAUUAGUGUAGAUGACCUAAUAUACAUGAAUAAAGAGGUUAACAAAAUUUUGAAUGAGUAUAUAUACAUUUUUAAUAAAGAUAUAUUGUUGUUUAAUUAUAAAUUUUUAUAUACUCUCAGUUAUAAUAUUCAUUAUAUCUAUACAACUUAUAUGGAGAAUAAACAAAUAGAAAAUGACUUUAAUCAUAUAAACAAUAUUCUGAACAAUUUGUCGUAUAUUAUAUUUAUCAUGAUAUAUAGUCUAUAUAUAAAUUUAAAUAAAAGAGGAGCAUGCCUUUGUAAUAGCAUAUGCAAUAUAUAUAUAAAUAAUUAUUUUUUCCAGCUAAAUCAAAAUCUUUUCUAUUUACUUUUUCUCUGCAAAAAUAAAAAUAAUAAUGAAUCAAAUGCUAUAACUGCGGUUAUUAAUCAUCCCAUGCAUGUACAAGACAAGCACGAAUUUCCCAGUAAAAGAAAACAAAAUAAUAUUCAAUUAAUAAACAACAUAAAUUCAUUUUAUUAUAAUAAAAAUGUGAAGAAGUUACUCAACGCAACAGGAAAAAACGCAAUUUUAGAACUAAACCAAAAUGAUAUGUAUCAUUAUUUAUUCAUAACGAAAAAUAAUUGCAUAUAUUUUUUCAAAGUCCUAAUUCUUUUUAUGUUAGAAAUAUUGAAGAUUUCCUAUUUGAAAAUUAAUAGAAUAAAUCAAAACUGCUCUACUCUCAAUUUUCACAUAGAAAACUUCACAGUUAUAUAUGAUUUUCUGCAUAACAUAAUAAUUCACUAUUUUAAUGAAACAGAAAAAAUUAUUGAUGAUCAUUUAAAAAUUAUGAUUGACUUCAUUGAAGAGAGUAAUUUUAAUGUUUGUCUUAAUAAAAAAACAAAAAAAGAUGAUAAAGCAGGCAGUAGUUAUAUUGCUUCAAACAUAGCAAUAGACGAUGUGAAUAAUAUCUCUUCUUCCUCUUCAUUCUUAUCCAUUGAUUUAAAGAAAAAUCAAUUUGAAAGUAUUGAUAUUUUUCUCAGUGAUUCUCAUAGAUAUACCUAUAAAUACAACUCAAAACAAAUAGAAAUAUUAAAAAUAACUUGUCUUUAUAUUAAUUACACUCCUGUUUCAUUUAUUCUAAUGAAAAAAAUAAAAAUUAAAUUAGUUAAUAUGUUUAAAUUUUUUCUGUUUGAUAUUCACUUAAAUACGCACUAUAUAGAAAUUUUGUAUUUUUUCAAAAUUUUCUUUUUUUUUUAUGAUCAUCAAAUUUACAAAGAGUACAAUGAUUUCCUGUUAUAUUACUAUUCAUUGUCGAAUCUCUUUUUCAUUUAUAACACUAAUUCAGACUAUGAAGAUGAAAAUCAGCACAACCUAAGAAGUAACGAGCUAAGCAACAACAAACUAAGCAGUAACAAUCCAAGCAACAACAAACUAAUCAGUAACACUCCAAGCAACAACAAACUAAGCAGUAACAUUCCAAGCAACAACAAACUAAGCAGUAACAACCAAUUAGACAUUUUCACCUUCAUAAACACUAGCAACAAUAUUUUCCAUUUUUUUUUUUUCUUAUCAACUAGCUAUUCAACACUAAAUACGUUUUUAGAAAAAUAUUAUUCUUCAUGCAUGAUGUGUGCCAACAGCUGUUCCUACGACAGUGAUGGAUCAUUCAGUAAUAACAACUCAAGUUCUGCCUUUGCUGAAUCAUUGAAAGAAGCAGAAGCACAUGAGACUCUUAAAUGUUACAACUCUCUAAAUAGAUUACAAUCAAUAAAUGUUGAACACAGAAAUAAAAGUUUUAAAGAAGACAGUAUAAAAAAAUUUUGGCCCGUACUACUGCAAAAAAUAGGAAACGACAACAAACAAUGGAGCACUUUUCAAAUGGAUGAAUCUUUUAAACAUAAUGAGAAGCAAAAGAAGAAUGUCAAUUUUUGCUUCAACUUUAUUCAGAGUAUAACAAAUGUGAUAAUUGAAAAUAACUUAAAUAUGUUAUUUAAUAGCUUUCUUUUGAUAUCUUCUGAAUAUAAUAAUUUCUCCAGUUAUAUAACUCCAUAUAAGCAAGACAAUUCUAUGUAUCAAUUUAUUGUUGAUAAACUAAAACAUUGCAAUAAUAAGAUGAACAUAUUAACAUUUGAUUACCCUUCGGAAAAUAAGAAGAACGUAGUAAAAAAUUCAGAAUUUAUUGAAUUAUUUAAAAAUUUUCUUCUCCUAUUGCAUAAUAUUAUUUCCGUAAUAUAUAGUUACAAUAAUGAAAUAAUAUAUUUUUUUUUUAAUUUUGUUUUUAACAUAAAUCAUGAAAGAACGAUUUUUCUUAAGGAAGAAGAUAAUAAAUUAUGUAAUAGCUAUCCAAAAAGUUUUAAUCACAUGACCACAUAUAAUAACGAAGUGAAUUUGUGCAAAGAAAAGAAAAGUCCGACUCACCUUUACGACAAGAUUACUGAGAACACAAUCGGUUCUAUGAAUACAAAGAGAAAAGAAAAUACGGAAAAAACGAUUAACUAUAGUAGUACUUGCUAUGCUUAUACAACCAUGAAUAACAAUGGCAUAAAUGAAAAGCUUGUUGAAAAUAAUGGAAGAAAAGAAUAUAGUCAUGGUAAUAAUUACAAGUGUAAAAUGGGGGACCACGAUGGUGAGGUCCCACUUGAAUUACUUACACCUUAUGUAGAGACUACACAAGAUGCCUUACUCUUUAAUGAAAAAAGUUUCAUCAAAAGAAGAGAAGAGCAUUUUAGGAAAAAUGCCUUUACCAAUAUAGAAACAGAACAUACUAAUAAGUAUCAUCAGAAUUGUAAAGAAGAAGAGGUACAAUUUGAUAACCAUGAUGAGAUGAAAUGGACAAAUUGCAACCCAACUAUCAAAUAUAAUGAAUAUAGCGCAAACAAUGAUUUAAAUAGUUCUAAUAAUAAAAUACAUCCAAGGAAAAGAAUUAAUUCAAAUAAUUCCAUUCUUAUGUUCAACGAAUCAUAUCGUAAUAUUAAUGAAACAAAAAAUUACCCCUCAGACAAGUUCAUAUCCCCCUUUCAGUUAAGCGAAUUUGUUGACGUGAUAUAUGAAAUAUGUAUAUAUAGUAAAAAGGAAUUAAGAGAUUAUUAUACAUUUUUUAUAUUAGAAAAUAUAAAAAAAAAAAUAUCUACCAUGUUUGAAUUAUUAAAACAUAAAGAUAUCAAUGAGAAAAAAGUCCUCUUAUCAAAUAUUAAAAUAUUUACAAAGGUGUUACUUCUUUUACAUUUCAUCAAGAAGAAAUACAUAAUAAUAUUUGAACAAACAGUUUACAGUUCUUUCAGUUUUUUGUAUGAAAAUUAUUUUUCCCCAUUUUUUAACCAAACUAAUGAGAAAAACGAAUAUACUACGGAACAAGUCAUUAAUAACAUCUAUUUUUAUCAAAACGUUUUCUUAAAUGUGCAUAAUUUAUACUUUUUCCUAUUUCAGCGAAAAAAGAAAAGCAGAACAUUUUCGCUUAAAAUUAUGUGGAAAAUGUAUCACCAAUUCAAAAUAAAAUUCAGCAAAAUAAAGUUAAAGGAUGAAUCAAAUAAAUCUGUAACAUUACGUUCUACCGGGAAUACAGAAAUUGAUAAUUGCAAAAAGGGGCAUGACCUUUUAAGAGAUAAAGGACAUAUAAGUAGUAAGCUACCAGAACAAACCUAUAAAAGCGAUAUAAAUAGGAAAGUACAGGAUACGACAGACAGUCACAGUAAAACUUAUAAUACAUUUAAAUAUUCAAGUGACUUGAACUUUAACACAAAUAUUAUAAAUCUUUAUAUAAGCGACUUUUUGCUUAAUCAAGUUGUGAACGAUGAAACAGUUUUGUUAACGUCAUUAACAAAUAUAGAUAUUAAUAAGGAGGAAUUUCCUUCACAACUUUUUAAUCGUAUUAUAUCCGUAAUUUUAAGAAGAAAUGUUCAAUACAGCAAAUAUAGAACCUCACAAGGGGAAGAAAAAAGAGAGGAAGCAGAAGGAAAAGAAGUGGAAGGCGAAGGCGAAGACGAAGACGAAGAAGAAGAAAAAGAAAAAGAAAAAGAAGUGAAAGAAGUGAAAGAAGUGAAAGAAGGAAGAAAAGAGGAAGAAAUGAAGAAUAGUAUAAUCUUUUCCAUUUAUGAGAAAAUUUUCCAUUUAUACUUAAAAUUGAUAAAAGAGAUUCUAAUUAAAGAACAAACGAAGUUAAGUAAUAUCGAUUCAUUUGCUUACGUGUUAAAAAUAAUUAUUCUACUUCUCAUUACAAAUUAUAGAAAUAGCAAAAUAUGUAAAAGGAUAUACAAGGAAAAAUACUUCUUCCUAUCGCAUUUGUAUUGUUUUUUUUUCUAUGAGAAUGAAAUUGUUAAAGCAUUAGCUAUUAGCUUAAGCUUUUACCUAAUAUUUGACCAGAACAUAUUACUGCUAAAUAAAUACAGAAUAUUUUUAGAACCAUAUCUACUAUUAGAACAUAAAAUAAGUAGAAAAAAGAGAAAGAAAAAAGAAAACACAGAAGAAGAUACCUCAUUUUUGUUAAAUCGAAAUAUGGAUUCUGAGCAAAAUCCUAGUUCAAUUAGUUUAGAAUAUUCUAUAAUUGAUGAAAUAAAGAUAGAACAUAUGAAAAAGUAUUAUAUAGAUAACAAAGAAGAAAAUACUACAAAUAAUUUUAGUAAUGAUAAUUAUAUGAAAACACAUUGGGCGCUGAAAAAGUAUAGUACUAAUUUUUUUAAUUUACACAGGAAUAAAAAUAAAUAUAUAGAACAUGAUACAGAAAAUUCGUUUGAUAAUUUAAAUAAAAUAUCAUUUCAUAUAGAACAUAAAAUAAUAUAUUUUAUUCCUUUUUGGUUAUAUAAAACACUGCAACCAAAUAAUUUUUUAUUAAAUAUCAAAAAAUUAAGAUCUUUCUUUUUUUUUUCUACAAAAUAUUCUUAUUUGCACACAUUUCAUGAUUCAAAUGUGAAUAAUAAAGAAAAACAGAUGUGCUUUUUUGGAAAUUAUAAUAACAGUAACAUAUUUAGGUCUUUCUUUCUGUUCAUUAAUAAAUAUUACUAUUUAACAAAAAAUUUGAAUUAUACGUCACUAAAUAAUGGAAGCAUAUCUUAUCACAUUAAUCUUCCCAUUAUUUUAAAAGGAAGAAAUAAAUGCAAAGAAAAUUUAGAUACUCCUUUUUUCACAACUACAAAUAUAUAUUCUUUUCUUUUCUUAAAUAUAAAAGUUGACAGAAAGAGCAUAUCACAAACAGAUUAUUCCCCCUAUAUUACUAAUUUGUUAUUGCAAUUAAAACAGCUACCACCUAUAAAUGAUUGUCUAGAUGACGAAAUGAAUUUCACGUACAUCUAUAAUUUGAAUAAUCUAUUUUCCUUCCUAAAUAAUUGUUAUAUGCAGUUCUUGUAUACAGAAAAUAGUUCUCAAAGCAAUAAGGAAGAAGAUCAAAAUGCAGAUCAUUCUAAUUAUAUAAGUACUGAGAAAAAACAUUCGCAAAAAAGGGAUAAAAAUUAUGAUAGAAGAAAAGAAAAAAAAAGAAUACACAAUAAUGUUAUUUUCAAUAGAGAGGACCAUCAAGCCAAGCAAAUUUAUUGCCUUUUUGAAAAUGAUUACAAUGAAAUAGUGUAUAUAAUAAACUUUGUUUAUAAUACUAUUUUUUCCUAUGUUCAUAAGUUACUAUUUUUUACGUACAAUCAAUUAAUGCUAAGUUCCAAGCAAGAAAACAGUGCAAAUAAUGAACAUACCAAAAUUCACAAAAACCUAAUAUUACUAGAGCAUUUUCUAAACGUGAUUGAUAUAUGUUUAUAUAUUGAUUUAAUAUUGCAAAAAAACGAAUGUGUUAAGUAUAAAAUUAGUGAAUUAAACAAGGAUAUAGACUUGUCUCUAUUUAUUUACAAGCUUCUAUACAUUUCAGUUGCUACAUCUACUUUAAAAAACAAAAUUUCUAGCUUUUGCUUGAACCUCAUAUAUAAUUUUAUAAAACUAGAUAAUUAUUACCUCAAAAUGAAGUACAGCUGUUAUAAUAAUUAUGACCAGGACAUGCAAUUUUCUAAAGGUGUAUAUUAUAACAAAGAUAUGAAUUUUUCUAAUGGUGCCAAUUAUGACCAGGAUGUGAAUUUUUAUAAAAGUGUAAAUUAUGAUCAGGAUAUAAAUUUUAACCUGAACGAAUCGGAAGAAAGCAAAAACCCUAUCAUGCUAAAGGAAGAGGAGCAGAAAAAUAGAAAACUAAAAGACAAAAAUAAAAACUUAUCUACCUUGAUUAAUUUUCUCUUCUUCAUAAUUUCUAAAUAUACGAAAAGAAUAAUCAAAAAAAAGAAGAAUCAAAUAAACAAAAAUAGCGGCAUUUAUUCUAACAUAGUAAAUGUAUAUGAAUUUGAAAAAACCAUAAAUAUAGAAAAUGUUACUUUUCAAAAUCACGAGAAAGAAUAUCUUAAAUUAGAUAUAUAUUUUUUAAAAAAUGUUAUGUGCAUGUUACAUGUAAUUAUGAAAAAAGGCUGCUUUAUGAACUUGUACACAAUAAAUAACCAUAUUUCAAAUAUAAAUUUUAAUAUACUAACACAUUAUGAUUAUAAACUUUUCACUGAUAACAUUAAGAAAGAAGCUGAUGAACGGAGGAAGAUCCAAGAAAAGGAUGAGCAUACAUCUGCAGAAAAAAACGUCAAAAAAGAAAAAAAAAAAAUGAAUAGGACUAGUAGUAGAAGCAGUGAUAACAGCAACAGUCGUGUUAUAAAUAUAGAAUUAGAAAAUACCCAAAUCAUGGGUAUCUCAGAUAAUAAUAAUGUAAAAACAUUAUAUAUGUUUAAACACAUCUUUUUAAAUAGAUAUAUGAAAAUAUUAACAAGUUUCUGUAAUAUAUAUAACGAUAUAAUUGUUGAAUGUUUGUAUAUUCAGCUGUUACUAUUUCUUUUCAAAUACAUUCUCCAAGUUCUAAAAUUUGAAAUUUCCAAAGAAAAUUCGAAAGAAAAUAUAAGGAAUUUGUAUCACUCUAAGCAGCCAAUUUUAGUGUACUUUUUUAAAUACUACAAGGCGGAUAAGGAAAUAUGCAAAUUUUUAAAAAGGAUUUAUUUUAUCAUACUAAAAUAUACAAUAUAUAUGCAGAACAUACAAAUGUCAAAAGAGGAUACUAGUACCGUACAUAUAAAUAAUAUACAGGGGAAUAUUGAAAAAAAUGAUUGUACAAAUAAAGAGAUAAAAAAUGAUAUAAAUAAACACAACUAUAUUUUAAAAGAAGAGGAUAUUUAUAAAAAUUAUUGUAAACUAUUUUAUGAAUACACAAUAAAUAAGUUCAAAAGAUGCAAGGCAGAUACAUGCGCAGAGGAGGACGAAAGUGCAAAUCCUCAUGAAUGCGAUCGAAGCAGUGUAAGCAGCCACAGCUACAACUUCAGCAAUAAUAACAGUGUGUUAAACUCGAAUUACGUAUAUAUGAUAGACCUGUAUUGCCCGAACUGCGAAGAAACAAAAAUUUUGUUUUUAUCAAUUAUACUAUUUUUAAGCUUUACCUUAGACAAUUUCCCCUUUUUCUUUUCACUAAAUAAUUGCGAUAACAGAGUCUCUAAAAAAGAAAAAAGUUGUGAAAGGAAGGAAAAGGACAAUAUUAUUAUUUUAUGUGAACGUAUUUUCUAUUUCUUGAGUAAAAAAAAUAUAUACAUUAACUUCUCCAUUUUGAAAGAAGCCAAGCUAUUAGAAAAGUAUUUUAUAAAAAUAUUUAUAAAAUUAUUAUUUUGUAAUGAAAGUGAAGGUAUGAAUAAUUUGCAAAAGUAUGAAAUAUAUGCUUAUAAGCAUCAAACAGAUUCAACGUAUAUUGAAAAUAGCGAGUGCAAAAAUGCAGGUGUUAGGAAGGAACAUGGGACCUAUUGUAAUAAUUUUGAUAAUAGCCAAAGUAACCAUUCGAAAAGCUUUAAUAGCAACAUGUACAAUUCAACUAUUGAUGGACAAGAAAAGUGCAUCAUCAUAAAAAAAGAAUGCAAUAAUGAUUACAUGAUGACAGAAGAAGAAAAAAAAGUACUCUCCAUGAGAAGAAGAUAUAACAAGGAUGAUGAUAAUUUUGCUAUAACAUAUAGCACAAACAAAAAUUCCAUUUUUAUGAAAAAUAUGACACAAGACAAUCACUUCUAUUUGAACAAUUUCCUUAACUGUUUUUUAAUAGAAAAAAGAAGAAAAAAAAAUUUGGAGUGUAUAUACGAUAAGAUCUAUUAUUACAUACUAAUUGUUAGCAUGUGUUUUAAAGACAAAAACUUCUUAUCACUUAUUCUUACAAAAAAUGAAAAAUUUUAUAACGAAUUUAAUGAAAUGAUACAGGAAUACUUAAAGUAUGUUUUAAAAAAUAAACAACAAGUAAACAGAAAGAAAAAAAAAAAUGAAAUGAUGAUCCAUAAUUUGUUGUAUAUAUUCGUUUCCCAUAUUUAUAUAUACUUAAAUGAUCUUUAUAAUAUAUUUUUUACGCAAAUAAAAAAUGUACUUGCAUUUCCAUCCUUUUUUCAAAACAUUAUAUAUAUUAGUAACACAAGUAAAGAUACGUUUUACGAGGAAAAUACCCUAUAUAUAGAUGAUACGUCUAUAGGUGUUUAUUAUGACACGCUAAUAAAUAUGAAAAAACAAAACUGGAAUAAAAAUUUAGAAUAUUAUGUAGAUCAAGAUAUUAAAAGCACUGUAGUUCAUAAUAUUUUUCAUAACAAUAAUAUUUAUUUACUUAUUUUAUACAUAAUAAAUAAUAAUAAAUAUAAUCUUAAAAAGGAAAAUAAAAAAAAAAAUAGCUCUUUUCCUCAUACAGUAAAUGAUUAUGAAGAGGCGAUAAAAACGAAUUAUAGCAUAGAAAAUUUUCAUUUGGAUCACAAGAACAAUAAUAAAUUAUUUCUAAACAAAAUAACAACCAAUAUUUUAUUAUUUUUUCUCUUAUUUUUUUAUGAUUAUUACUCAUCCAACUAUGAAAUAAAAGAAAAUAUUUUAAUGCAAAUAGUUAGACAUAUUCUGGAACAUUUUACAAUCUUAUUUACAUCGGAUUUUUUAAACAUUCAGAUGAUAUAUUCUGAAUUCAUGAAGAAUAAUAAUUUAAAAAAAAAAAAGUUAUCAGUCGUUCGGUCGAAAAAUGGGUUAAAUCGAUUUUUACGAAAGUUACCAGGAGACAAUCCUUUACAGUAUGUUGUUCCACAAAAUGAUAAAAAUGAGCUCACUGAAAAUAUUAAUACAAAAAAAAGCAAAUUCACUCCUAUCAAAAAUUCCAAGUACUCACGUGCAGAAGAAGCUCUAUCAAAGAUAAGAGAAGAAGGGAAAAGGAAGCGUGAAGCAGCGAUAAAGGGGAAGAAGUGGACAGACAAAACUUCUAUUGGAAAGGCAUGUAUAAAAAUAGUAGAAAAAAAAGAUACAGAAAAAAAGGGGACUGAAAUGAAGGGGAAAGCAAACUCCGAAGCUGAAGAAGGCGAAGAACAAAGUCUCAAUCCAAACAGUAUUUCCGCUGCAUGUAAUAUCGAACCGAACGGUAUAAAUAAGGAAAGUACGGACAUAACAGAAAUGAACCUAUAUGUAAUAACAAAUUUAAUUGAAAAAAUCAAGCGGUAUAAGAAAUUGCUAUUUCUGUAUACUAUAAAUUGCUUCAGAAUAAUACAAACAUGUAACAAUAUUUCUUCAUUAAUUUUUAAAUAUAAAUAUAUUUCAGUCCUUUUACAAAAGUUUUCCUAUUUUACGAACAAAAAUAUUGUCGAAUGCAUUUACAGUGCAUUCAAUUUUUACAUAAACAAUUAUUUUAAAGGUAAAAUCAACUUUUUUGAUGAAAAAUCUUUAACUAAUUUUGGUAAAGAAAUUGGUUACUUCUCAUAUAUUUACAUAGAUUAUUUCUUUAAUUUCAUAUGCUGUUUUAUAUUAUAUGACGUUUUAACUUUUUAUAAAUUUUGCUCUAAUACCCUUAAUUGUUUAGAUAUACUUAACACAUAUUUCAAAGAAUUAAUUAAUAAUAAAAAAGGCUCAUACAUUUGUAUAACUAUUUUAAACUUUUAUUUAAGCAUUUUGAAUUCAUACUUCUUUGAUUUUUCAUUAUAUCAAAAUACACUCCAUCUGAUAGAAGAAGGUGAAAUUACAAAAGACGGGGGAAGUUUAAAACAGUAUGUUAUUAGUAAUUUAAAAUGUAAUAAUAAAAAGGAACAAAAAGAAGGAAUUACCUAUUUUGAGUGUGUUAAAAAAUUAAGUGAACAAUUUAAUAAAAGCAAAUUUUUAAGUUUUCUGAUUAACUAUAUUAUAGAUAAUUUAGACAACAACGUGAAUAAAGGAAAAUUGGAAAUUGAAAGAAAAAAUCACGUAAUUAUAUUAAUAUUACAAUUACUGAGUUAUCAAGUAAUAUUUAUAGAUAAUAAUAAAAACGAAAUAUUAAAAUUAGCAACCACACUAAUUAAAUAUCUAAAAAAAAAAGAUACGUGUCUUUUACUUAUCUACUAUAUAAUUAUUUUUUUUAAUUCUUGUUUUCUCAACUCCUUUUUUGAUGAAAGACUAAUAAGCUUAUUAUUUAAUUUUGAUAAGAAUGAUAACAUAUGGUUUAACUUAAUAUUUAUGUCGAGUAAUAAAACAAAAAAAAAUAAAGAAGUUUUAAUACUAAUAAAAUUCUCUAUUUUACAUUUGUAUUUAUUACUACUAAAAAACAAAAAUUCCUUUAAAAGGUGUAUAUUGUGCAUAUCUAGCGAUAUAAAUAUUUAUUUCGUAUUUAUUUAUGUACUCAACGAAAUAUAUGAACACUUUAAAAGUUUCAAUAAUGAAGAAAGUAUCAAAAGUAAUAUAACAUUAAAUAAAUUGGAAAAGAACAAAAAUGAAAAUGAAAACGAAAAUAGACACACAAAAAAAUAUUUCUACUUGUAUGCUGAAUUGUUAGUAAUAGUUACAGAUAUUAUUAAAAUACUAAAUACGAAUGACGUAAAUAAAUAUAUAACACUUCACCAUAAUAAGGAGAAGGAUAAUUUAUCGGUACAAUUUAAAAACUUGUACAAAAAAAUAAAAAACGAGUUGAAGCAUUUGGAACAACUAAUAAAAUUAAUAAAGUACACCAUAUUUCUACACCCUUUAAUGAUUAAUAUACACAUAUUACAUAAAUUCUAUUUAUGCAUUUAUAUAAAGGAAUUCUAUUUUUUUCAUAAAACAUUUUUUAAGUAUGAUGUAUUUCUUGUAAAUUAUGUACGGUUAAUUAAAAAUAAAAAAAAAGCGAAACUACUCAAUAUUGAUACAAGUCAACAAAAGGAAGCAAGUGGUUCCUUUAGCACUGAUGCUAUCACAGAAACCAUUUCCACUGAAAAAAAUGCCGACAUGUUUCUUAAUAAAAACAAAAAAAAAGACAAUCCAAAUUUUCUUCACUCUGAGUUUGAGCGAAAAAAAAAAAAAAUUACGCUACAAAAGUGGGAUGACUUACACAAGGAAAAACUUUGCUUUUACUUUUUUUUUAACACACCUAAAAAUUAUAAUUAUCAAGUAAAUAACCUAUGUUCCUCAAUACUUCAAAAUGAAUUUCAUUUUUCUCUCAGAAAAUUUUUUUCUUCAUCUUUUCAAGAACAGAAUCGGAAUUAUACAAAUUACUCACAAUAUAAUAGCGAACAAAUUAAAAUCUACACUGAUUACAUUUUUGACAGCAUCAAUUAUGCAAUAAACUUUUUUAACGCCUCCUGA